UACUUUCAAUUUCACAUUCUAAAAAUAGGUUUCGGUACUCCAAGGAAAAUAAGUGAUUACAAAGUAACAAAGUGGAAUUUAGAUAAAAUAAUUGAUAUUUGCAUAGUCUGAAACCAUAAAGAAAAUAUAGAGAAAUGAUAAGAUUGCUUGCGAUUCUAUGGAAAGUAGCUUUAAAUAAAUCCACCACAUAGGAGGAACCCAAGAAUGACAUUGUUAUUUAAAAUAACUGUAAAAGCCCACGUGACUGUUCUAAAUAUAUUUCCAGCGUAUCAAAUAUUACAUAAUUGUGUUCAUGACUUGGGAAUAAAGGCAAAUAUGUCUCGGGAACUAAAGUUCCAGCUUGGUAAUCUUCAAAAACCACAGUGGUUCAUUCGUUUCAGCGCCAAUGGUAUAGCUGUGAAUGAAAACGUAUUGAAUGAACUGAGGCGUUUGGAAAGUCAUAUUGUUGUUUUCACAGUAACAGGCUCUCUAAGAACGGGGAAGUCGUGGAUACUCAACCAACUCGCAGAGUGUGGUGUAGAGAACGGUUUCGGCGUGGCUGAUGGACAGACAGCGGUUACAAGUGGUAUUUGGAUAUUGUGCCGGGAGCAUCCCAUUUUAAAGUGUGUAGUGGUCUUCCUGGAUACAGAAGGAUUGCAUGAUCCUUUUAAGACCAAUACAGAGCAAGAAGAUAACCGCCUAUCGACUUUGUCCUUCUUACUGUCAGAUAAGUUCAUUUUUAACGCCAAAGACAAGUUUGACAACAACGAUUUAGGAAAAAUAGGUUUUAUCGCAAUGAUUUCGAAGAAGCUACAACAAAGAGAAGCACAAGAAUCAUUUCCAGAGUUCAUUUUACUUCUACGAGAUGUUGCCAGAGUUAAAGUCAAUGGUAAAGUGGUGGAGCCCAAAGAGUAUCUAGAAAAUAUCUUGGAAUCUGCUGGACACGAUGACUGCCGAUUUUCUCCAAAAUGGUGCAUCCGAGAGUACUGUAAGAAGAGAGCAUGCUUCACUUUGACAUUACCGACAGAAUUCGAAGACCUGGCGAAAUUGGGUGAAACUGAUCAUCCAGAGCUAAAAGCUCGCUUUUUGGAAGACAAGGAGAAGUUUAAAAACCACUUGUUCAGAAACUCAGACAUUAAGCGACUGAAUAAUGGCUCACCAUGCACAACCAGUGCAUUCUGUGUGUACGCACGUGCAUUAGUAGCGACUGUGGAAGAAGGUGCGAUACCACAUGUAAGUUCUCUUCAACACCGUAUAGCGGAAGAAGAAAACCAACGUGUUUGGAAAGAAACAACGGAACUUUUUAGAAAUUCUAUCAGAGACGACGAAAAAACUAAUUUGUAUGGAUCGCCCACGGAAAGAUUCAAAGUGCUACAAAAAGAAGGGAUUGAACGCAUCCAGAAUCAGAUGAUACCUAAAAGCCAGCAACAUAUGUCCGAAAUUGUUGAGGAGUUUAAGGUAUUUUCAGAGGAAGAGUAUAAGAAACUGUCUACAGAAAAAUGCCGUGAGUUUUAGACUUGCCACCUAGAAACAUGUUUCAACAUGAUAGAAGACAACUGCUACAUGGCUCCAAAUGCCAAAGAAAAGUUCGAAAGAGACGUUAGAAAGGUCAAAGAAAAAUACGACAAAAGGGAAAAUUUGGGC